AUGUCAAACGGACGUUUUAGUCACCUGUUGAGGGGAGUCUGGCUGCUGUGGCUGUGGCAAGCUGUGUUUGUGGCUGGAACAGGGAGUAAACUAUGGGAGGUGCCCACAGGCUCCUUCACUUCCUCCUCCAACCACAGUGAGAGCCUGCAGUGGGAGCAGGACUGUCAGUAUCGCCACCUACAGGACAGAGUGAGGAUCACAGCAGACAUCCCCCCAAGACUGGACGGCACAUGGGUGUCAACAAGAUGUGAAGUUCGGCCCGGUCCAGAGUUCCUCACCCGCUUCUACACCUUCCACUCCAGCCGUCACUUCCAGGCCCUGCAGCACUACUACACAGACAGCAGCUGCGAGGACCCAACCUACUCCCUGAUUAUUAGGGGGAAGCUUCGUCUGCGUCAGGCUUCCUGGAUCACCCGCGGGGGCACCGAAGCUGAACACCACCUCAGCAAGGUGGGCAUUGUGGUCCACAGCCUGGCAGCCAAGCAGAGGCUGGCCUCCAGGCAGCCUCCGACCUGCGUGGGUCUGACCCUGGGUCGAGUGGCGCUGGGGAAGCCAUAUGAGCUGUACAACACCCGGGCAGGGAGGGGAUGUCUGGCAGCGCUGGGCUUCUCCAUGAUGGAGAUGGGACUGAUACGGGUGGAGACGCAGCACCACAGCCAUGGAGGGAAGGUCCAGGAGCUGCUCUUAGGGGAUAUUCACACUGACUGGACACAGAGGACUCAGUACAGACCGACAGGGUACCAACAGCCACUGCAGAACACCAUGCAUCACCUCCACCCUUGCCCUGUGUGCGCCCUGGUGUACCGCUCCUCAGAACAGCGCCCCCCGGUGUUGCCCCGCAGCCCUGCAGCUCCUCUGUCUCUGGCUGGCCGCUGGGUUAGCCAGCGCUGCGAAACCCGUCCCAACGUCCUCUUCCUCACUCGAGAAUUCUCCUUUAAUCCUGACCAGCACGCAUGGGAAGGCGUCUACCGGCACUACUCGGACCCUGCCUGCUCUCAGCCCACCUUCACCCUGAGAGCCUCAGGCCACUACGCUCAGGGAAACCCCUCUGCCAAAGUCUCAGGAGCCACUGAGUUUGUCUUUAAGGUUACCCAGGUGAGAGUCACAGCUGUGGAGGAGCCCACAGCGAAGUUGCUGAAUGGGACAGGGCCCGGAAAGUGUGGUCGGGCAGGAGGCUGGGAGGUCAGGGUGGAGCAGGACUUGACCCCCACAGAUGGGUGCACCCUGCUGGGCAUCAAGCUGCCACAUAAGGAGUAUGAGCUCUUCAAGACUGAGCUGGAUCACAGGAAACACCCACUCCUGUUUAUCGGAGAGAGGCCGGCUGACGGGUCCAGUCCAGACCGACCACAGAGGAGGCCCACUUCCUUUCAGGCUCCCAUGGUGCUUUGCAGUGGGGGGGGGACACAGCUUUCACGUCACAAUGGCUCAGGUUUUAACAGCAAGCAAGUCCAGUUAGCAGCCAGUGGGACAGCGCGACAGGCACAGCUGGUGUUACUGGUGCUAGGAUCUGUGUUGUUUAGCGGGUUCUCUGUUUAUUAGAGACAUUGUUCGUGAAUCAAGCCUAAAGUCAUUGAUGGACAUUGUUUCCUGGCAGCUUUCUUUCACUCUUCCUCCAUAUGAUGAUGGCCAACAUGUGUGAUGUCAAGAAACAUCAUCAGACACUCAGGAGAGCUGAAUAAUUCUUGAUAUCUGGCUUUCAGAUGCUGCCUAUAGGCUCACUUUAAUGACUCUUAACUUCAGCUGCAUUACUACCUAAGACUAAUCUGUAUAUAAACCACCAAUAUAUACAAGUGCCAUCACUUCAGUAUGUAAAAUAUAUAAAUAUAUUCUUUUAUACUUUCUUUUGUAUAAUGAUCAGAUGUUUUCACUUCACAGAUUAAUUAUUAUUUUUGCAUAUUUCUGUGUGAAUGCAGUUUUCUUGUCAUGUCAAUUGUUACAAAGCAAAAUCACAGUGUUGAAAUGUGGAUCAGUUAUUUCCCCAUCAAUUUGAAAGCCAUGGACUUUCCAGCGGACUUCACACAAGAGCUCAUUUUCAUCCAAGAUGCAGCAUAAUUAAUGUCUUCUCGACACGCUGGAGAGAAAACAAGCUGGAAAGUGGGAAAUUUGUAAUCAGCACUCUAAAUAGCUGCCAUCGUCGUUGGUCUAAUGCCACUGUGGUGUGAAAUGUUGAUUUAUCGCUAUCCUCUGUCAAAGCUUGUGUAUUAGUCUGCUUUUCUAUCAGCCGUCAAAUCAAAUUAAUAUUUAUUUUAACCAUUUAUACUGUAGAAAAAGGUUUUUGGUAUAAUAUUUUAGUUAG